AUGAACUAAGCUUGUCUUCCAGAACUCUUAUUGCUUCGUUCAUUUUUUAAAUUUGUAUCAACCGCUUUAACCUUAAACAUAGCCAAUCAUAUCUGUGUAGACACCCAGCCAGCUGAUAGAACUUUUGAGAUUCAAACCCAGAUCCGGUGGGCUAGUGUUAUACACUACUGUGCCAUCUUUAUUGUUUCAUUUUGGUGAAAUAACGUGCAUGAAGUUUGUGCAUCAGGGCUGCUGUGAAUGUACAGAUAUUACAUACAGUUUUCAACGAUGCACUGCUUCAGGAAUCAGUGUAGGUAUGACACAUGUUUUUACCUGUCUCUCCUCAGGGUUUACUCUGGUUCCAGAAUGAAGAUUGCUGUAAUUGGACAGAGCCUUUUUGGGCAGGAAGUGUAUAAAGAGCUGAAGAAGGAGGGCCACACUAUUGUUGGGGUGUUCACCAUACCUGAUAAAGAUGGCAAGGCUGACCCACUAGCUGCUGAAGCAGAGAAAGAUGGCGUGGCGGUGUUUAAGUUCCCACGCUGGAGGCUGAAGGGCAAGGCCAUCGACGAGGUAGUGGAGAAGUAUAAAGCAGUGGGAGCCGAGCUCAACGUUCUACCUUUCUGCUCUCAGUUCAUCCCUAUGGAAGUUAUAGACCACCCAAAGCAUGGCUCCAUCAUCUAUCACCCCUCAAUACUGCCCCGCCACAGAGGUGCCUCCGCCAUCAACUGGACUCUUAUCCAUGGUGACAAAAAGGGUGGCUUCACCAUUUUUUGGGCUGAUGACGGACUGGAUACCGGACCAAUCUUACUGCAGAGAGAGUGCGAUGUGGAGCCUGAUGACACAGUAAACACCAUCUAUAAGCGCUUCCUUUUUUCAGAAGGAGUGAAAGGCAUGGUGGAGGCAGUCAGGUUAAUUGCAGAGGGUAAAGCUCCUAAAAUCAAACAGGUGGAGGAGGGAGCCACCUACGAGGGAAUCCAGAAGAAAGAAAAUGCAAAGAUUGAUUGGAACCAGCCUGCUGAGGCCAUCCAUAACUGGAUCAGAGGAAACGAUAAAGUUCCAGGAGCCUGGGCUGAGGUUGAUGGAAAGAAUGUGACAUUCUAUGGUUCAACAUUGGUAGAUAACGGUUCCUCGGUUAACGGCCAGCCUCUAGAGAUUCCGGGAGCCAGUCGACCAGGCCUAGUCUCCAAAAACGGCUUGAUUCUGUUUGGAAAUGACAACAAGGCGCUGCUGGUAAAGAACCUGCAGUUUGAAGAUGGGAAGAUGAUUGCAGCUGCACAGUAUUUUAAAUCUGCUUCUAGCUCAGCAGUUGAACUCACAGAGGAGGAGAAAAGCUUUGCUGAGCAGAUGAGGGUGGUGUGGAAGAACAUCUUGACCAAUGUGGAGCAGAUUGAUGACUCCACUGACCUCUUCAAAUCCGGUGCCGCCUCCAUGGAUGUUGUCAGGCUGGUGGAGGAGGUGAAGUUAAGAGCAAGUCAGUUGCAGCUGCAGAAUGAGGAUGUUUACAUGGCCACGACCUUUCAGGAGUUCAUCCAGAUGUGUGUGAGGAAGCUGAGAGGAGAGGAUGCUGAGGAAGAACUUGUUGUAGACUAUGUGGAGAUGAAUGUAAACAAUAUGACUGUCCGUAUGCCACACCAGCUCUUCAUUAACGGGGAGUUUGUUGAUGCCGAGGGAGGCAAGACUUACAAGACCAUCAAUCCCACUACUGGACAGCCGAUCUGCGAUGUAUCUCUAGCUCAGAUCUCGGAUGUGGAGAAGGCUGUGGCAGCAGCUAAAGAAGCUUUUGAGGAGGGGGAGUGGGGCAAGAUGAACCCCAGAGACAGAGGCAGACUCAUAUACAAACUGGCAGAUCUGAUGGAACAGCACCAGGAGGAGCUGGCGACGAUUGAGUCCAUAGACUCAGGGGCCGUCUACACACUGGCCCUCAAAACUCACAUUGGCAUGUCCAUUCAGACUUUCAGAUACUUUGCUGGCUGGUGUGAUAAGAUCCAGGGUAGCACCAUCCCGAUCAAUCAAGCUCGGCCGAAUCGCAACAUCACCUUCACCAAGAAAGAGCCGAUUGGCGUGUGUGGCAUUGUGAUUCCAUGGAACUAUCCUCUAAUGAUGCUGGCCUGGAAGACUGCAGCCUGCCUGGCAGCUGGCAACACUGUGGUACUGAAACCUGCACAAGUGACCCCAUUGACUGCAGUAAAGUUUGCCGAAUUGGCAGCGAGAGCAGGUUUCCCUAAAGGAGUCAUUAACAUUCUGCCUGGAUCAGGCUCUUUGGUUGGCCAGCGAUUAUCAGAUCACCCUGACGUGCGUAAACUGGGCUUCACUGGUUCUACUGAAAUUGGCAAACAGAUCAUGAAGAGCUGUGCCAUCAGCAAUGUGAAGAAGGUCUCUCUGGAGCUGGGUGGUAAAUCACCUCUGAUUAUAUUCAGCGACUGUGACCUGGAUAAAGCAGUCAGAAUGGGAAUGAGUUCAGUGUUCUUUAACAAAGGGGAGAACUGCAUCGCUGCCGGCAGACUGUUUGUAGAAGACUCCCUUCAUGAUGUGUUUGUCCAAAGAGUGGCUGAAGAAGUGAAGAAGAUGAAGAUUGGUGACCCUCUGGACCGCUCCACUGACCAUGGCCCCCAGAACCACAAAGCUCACCUGGACAAACUGGUAGAGUACUGCGAGAGAGGAGUUAAAGAGGGUGCUACGCUUGUGUUAGGAGGGAAACAAGUUAAUCGGCCAGGUUUUUUCUUUGAGCCCACCAUGUUUACUGAUGUGCAGGAUCACAUGUACAUUGCUAUCGAGGAAUCGUUUGGUCCUGUCAUGAUUAUUUCUAGAUUUAAAGAUGGGGAUGUGGACGGAGUGCUGCAGAGAGCUAAUGCUACAGAGUAUGGUCUGGCAUCGGGUGUGUUCACGCGGGACAUCAGUAAAGCUCUGUAUGUGAGUGAGAAGCUUCAGGCUGGAACCGUGUUCGUCAACACUUACAACAAGACAGAUGUGGCUGCUCCGUUCGGUGGCUUUAAGCAGUCCGGCUUCGGCAAGGAUCUGGGUCAAGAGGCUCUUAAUGAGUAUUUGAAGACUAAAGCUGUGACGAUUGAGUACUAAUUCAUCUUCAGCGAGAAGGAAGUUUCACAGAUAAACACUGACUUCGAUAAAAUACUCAACUUUUUAAAAGCACAUUACACCUCUGUUGUAACUGAGCCUUUUAUACACGUCUUUUACAUUUUUCAUGCUUGUUCGGACAUGGUUUGAAUGUUAAUUCAUUUAGUUAUAUUAUAAACCACAUUCUAACUAAAGCUGAUGUUAAGAACACUGGAAAUACAUUAAAAUAGAAGUGCAGAUAUUUAUAUUGCAAAUAUUGCUGUCAGUGUUUGGCACAUUGUGUGACCUUUGUGGCCAUUUGUAUGUAGAUCUGUGUAUUUUUGUUAUGGACAGCACAAAUACUAAAUUGAAGCUAAUAUUU